AAAAAAAUUUCCCCCAGGGAUCAAUAAAGUAUUCUGAUUCUGAAGCAGGAAAAUGGCUUCAGUUUACUGAGGACAGAGAAGGGUUCUUCAUUCCCACUGUCACCAGGCUCUGCUGACGCUGCAGGGUCUGUCGUCAUCACCAACCUGAUUGGUUCUUUGGUUAAUGAUGUUGUCGCCACAAUCUCUAUCCGCCCACACCUCGUGCUGCCAUGGUGACCGCCGUUGACAUCACGUUACCGUGGAGACGGUGAUAAGCGAUCACGCUUUUUUUUCUUUUUCUUUUUUUUUGCAGCUGAUCGAAGUGAUCAAUGUUUCUGACGCGGUGACGUCAUUCUGUUUCCUUCCUCGUGCGGGAAGUCAAAAACCUGCUGAUCAGCCAAUCCGCGGUUCGUCUGUGCUGCAUCCUCCGCUUCCUCCUCUCCGUUUCUCCUCCUCCUCGGCCCCGAUGCUCCCGCCGGCCCUGCCCGGCCUCGAUGCUCGGUCCGCGGGCUGGCUGUAGCUCGGUGAAUCGGUGCACAUCGUCGGUCCGUCAUGGUGCAGAAAUCUCGCAACGGCGGGGUGUUCCCCGGAGCGCAGGCCGACCAGAAGAAGCUGAAGGUCGGCUUCGUGGGUUUGGAGGCCGGAGGGACGGACUCCAGUAGGGACGGUGCUCUGCUCAUAGCGGGUGGAGACGAGGGGCCUCGGCGGCAGCGCAGCAGCGUCUCCGGGGGGAAGAAACCUCCCAAACGAAACGCCCUCUACAGACGCCUGCAGAACUUCCUGUACAACGUCUUGGAGAGACCCCGAGGAUGGGCCUUUAUCUACCACGCCUAUGUGUUCCUGCUGGUGUUCUCCUGCCUGGUUCUGUCUGUGUUCUCCACCAUCAGAGAGUACGAGAAGAGCUCCGAGGACGCGCUCUACAUCCUGGAGGUGGUGACCAUCGUGGUGUUCGGGGUGGAGUACAUGGUGAGGAUCUGGGCUGCCGGGUGUUGCUGUCGGUACAGAGGGUGGCGAGGUCGACUGAAAUUCGCCAGGAAGCCCUUCUGCGUCAUCGACAUCAUGGUGCUCAUAGCAUCCAUAUCAGUCCUGGCUGCAGGGACUCAGGGAAACGUCUUCGCUACGUCGGCCAUCAGGUCACUGCGGUUCCUUCAGAUUCUCCGAAUGAUCCGUAUGGAUCGCCGAGGAGGAACCUGGAAGCUGCUGGGAUCGGUGGUCUACGCUCACAGCAAGGAGCUGAUCACAGCCUGGUAUAUCGGCUUCUUGUGUCUCAUUCUGGCAAGUUUCCUCGUUUACCUGGCAGAAAAAGAAGAUAAUGAACAGUUUGAGACAUAUGCUGACGCCCUCUGGUGGGGACUGAUCACCUUGACAACCAUCGGUUAUGGAGACAAGUUCCCCAUCACCUGGAAUGGACGUCUGCUGGCUGCAACCUUCACUCUGAUUGGAGUUUCAUUCUUUGCUCUGCCGGCUGGGAUUCUGGGUUCUGGCUUUGCUCUGAAGGUUCAGGAGCAGCACAGACAGAAACACUUUGAGAAGAGACGAAAUCCCGCAGCAGGACUCGUACAGGCGGCCUGGAGGGUUUACGCCACAAAUCUGAGCCGAACCGAUCUGACAUCUACCUGGGAUUAUUACGAGAGGACAGUGUCUGUCCCCAUGUAUAGGUUGAUCCCUCCUCUCAAUCAGUUGGACUUACUAAGGAACCUCAAGAACAAAUCCGGACUCUCAUUCAGGAAGGAUGUUCAGCCUGAACCUUCUCCCAGUCAGAAGGUGAGUCUAAAGGAGAGGGUCUUCUCGUCUCCUCGGAGUUCAGGAACCAAAGGCAAAGGUUCUCCUCAGCAUGGAGUUGCACCUGGAAUGGGUCCUGCUCCUGGCAUUGGUCCUGGAGUACCUGGAGGUCCUGGGGGAGUCCAGGCCUUGCGGCGGUCCCCCAGCAUAGAGCCCAAUUUGGAAGAGAGUCCCAGCAAGGUUCCAAAGAGCUGGAGCUUUGGAGAACGCAGCAGAACUAGGCAGGCCUUCAGGAUCCGGGGAGCAGCAUCCCGUCAGAACUCUGAAGUGCUGAUAGAGAUGCAGGAUGAAGAGUUCAGACAGAAGAGCUCCCCAGAGGCCAGCCUUCCUGGAGAAGAAAUGGCUGAUGACAACAAGAGCUGCCACUGUGAGUUUGUCCCUCAGGACCUGACCCCAGCGUUAAAGGUUACCAUUAGAGCCAUCUGCAUCAUGCGCUUCAUGGUAUCCAAGAGGAAGUUUAAGGAAAGUCUUCGUCCCUAUGAUGUCAUGGAUGUGAUUGAACAGUAUUCAGCCGGACACCUGGACAUGCUCGCCCGUAUCAAGAACCUCCAGUCUAGGGUGGAUCAGAUCGUUGGCAGAGGAACACCAAUUGCAGAUAAGGAUCGUCCCAAAGCAGCCAGUGAGGAGCUACCUGAAGACCCGAGCAUGAUGGGACGCCUGGGGAAGGUGGAGAAGCAGGUCCUGUCCAUGGAGAGAAAGCUCGACUUUUUGGUUAAUAUCUAUAUCCAGCGAAUGGGAAUCCCUCAGGCUGAGACCGACGCCUACUUUGGAUCCAAGGAGCCAGACCCAGCACCACCCUAUCACAGUCCAGUGGAUCAGCUGGAGAAGAGCCAAUCCAUCGCCAAGAUCAUGCAAGGGUUGCCAGUUGAACAUGUGGAGAAGGCUCGGGUUGUGACGAAGAUGGUUCGCUCCAGCAGUUCCACCGGACACAGGAACUACAAUGCCCCCACAUGUCCUCCCUCCACCUCCUGGCAGCCCAUCAGCUCCCAGCUCCACCAGCAGGCUCCGCCCCCUCCUCAUCGUAGCCAGGGUAAUACUCCAAGUCCGGUGGGGGAUGGGUCAUUGGUUCGACUGCCCCCUCCUCCAUCUGGGGAGAGACACAGUGGGAACCGAUCGAACCGUCACAGCACCGGAGACCGAGGGGGGGCGGAGAAACAGGAGAGGGCAGGAGAGGGGUCCAAUGGGAUGGGAGGAGGAGGCGAGGAGGGGAAGCCUGACAGUGACACCUCUAUCUCCAUUCCAUCAGUGGACCAUGAGGAGCUGGAGCGUUCUUUCAGUGGCUUCUCCAUCUCCCAGUCCAGAGACAACCUGGACUUCCUCAACAAUGGAUUCUACUCCUCCAACAACCUGGGAGAUCGCCAUGGUGGGGGAGGAGCUGCCUGCUGCACCGCCGUCCGGUCCUACAUCGCUGAGGGGGAGUCAGACUCCGACUCCGAGCUCUGUGCCCCGUCGCCGCACUCGGACCGGGCCUGGACUGGAACCAAAUGAAGCUGCGAGAAAUCCAGAGUCACAACCAGCAGAACAUUUAAAGUAUUCAUCAAAAUGUGAAUAAAAAGUAAACAUAAAGAUUUAAACCACCAGCUGGAGGCUCACAGCAAAGGAUUAUUGUGUACAGAGCUCAGCGGCCGCACCCAUGAUGGUACGAUUUACGUGACAGAUUCUGCACGGCAAACAUCUGUCCACACUGUCACCAACUGGCACACUGCUGGGACACGCUUUCACCUGAUUGGUUGCUUGUUUCUGUGUAUAAAAUAAUCACAUAAUCUCAGCUCGCCAAUACAUUUGUUAAUCGUUUAAACAAAGAAAAGUUGGAAAGAUGGACCAGACUGCUGUUUGUUUAUCUACUUCCUGUCCAAAGUUUAGGAAGUAGAUCCGGAGCUGCUGGGUUUUAACUUUCAGGUGAACCACGAGCUUUCAGGUAACUUUGGCUAUGUAUGGGAUCUGUAUCUUAUUCUGCUCUCUAGAGGCUGCAGCAGUAUCAAUGAACUCUGUUUAUAUGUUUUUUAAUAUUCUGGUUAUUUAACUAAAUGUGACUCUGCACGGUCACUGGAGCAUCUUCUUACUGUGACACUAUCAGCUUGCACCUGCUCAUCUACUACAUGUAAUCUUUAGCAGGUUAUUGUUUUUUCCCCAGGUGUUUGUGGAAGACUGUAUGGACGAUUUGAUAGGUCAGUGCUAACACACAUGCUUAUGUAUUUUGAAAGAUAAUAAAUAAGACAUAAUCUUCCAGUAACUCCAUGCUUCACAGACCUGCUGCAAAUUUACUGCUGCUGUGAUUUCAGAGUAGACAUCAGGGGAAGAUUACUUUUAAUGCUUGUUGCCAAUCGGGCUCUCUAAAUAUGGUAAGCAUUGCUGAAAACUUAAAUUUUAGCGUUUUUCAGCUUAUGAAAAACAAAAACCAAAAUCAUACAACCUGAAAAGGUCAUCGGCCAGAAUAUUUUCAGUUCCCUUUUUAUGUUGAAUGUCUAGAGUGUAUUCCUGCGUCAGCAGAGCCUGUCACGUUGAAUAUACGUGAAAGGAAAACGAUCAGUGUGCACAACGAUAGGCAAAAUACUGGACUGCAGGUAAACUUGGAGGUGCUGAAGAGCCAACAACAAACCCAUAGUUUCCUUUUCAAUAGUGGAAUAAUUGAGCUGAUUUUUGUUAAACUUGCAGGAGAAAUAGCAAACGGGGUGGUCCAAACCCUGCACAUCUUCCAGCAACAGCACUGCUCCAGCCCCAACUUCCAAUUUGAAAGGUCAGGUCAACUCAGGUGCAGCGAGCAUGGGGUGUGGCAAAGGAGGGAUUUAGCACUUUCAAAAGCACCCUGACACUCAUCUGACCAAACAAAAUCAACCUUUGGACAGUAGAUUAGAAUCAGAAAGACUUUAUUUUUUAUAUUAUUAUUCCCAAGGGGCAAUUAAGACUAGUUAAUGGUUAAUGGUUGGACCGUGGAGGAGAAAUUUCUGCAGAUUUGCUGUAAUAACCAACCAUUCCCAGAAACCUAUGCAGCUCACGCAUUGUUUUAGUUGUGGAAUAAUCUUUAAGCGCAACAAAGUUGGACUUCAUGGGCUGUACCUGCCCAUGUCAAAUGAUUUGCCGAGUUUCCGGAUAAACCACCAGGUCAUCUAAAUAGGCACUGCAGUUGGAGAGGCCACUCAGAACUUUAUCAGCCUCUGAAAGGUAACAUGAGCAUUACUGAUAUCAAAUGCUAUGAGAGUAUAAAAAGUCAUCUGAUGAUGGCUUAAAUGUUGGAAGCAUGUUCAGUUAAGGAGACUUGCUAGUAACCUUUAAGGUUUUCCAGUUUGGGUACAGCUCCAGGGGCUCUGAUCUGUUUCAGCAGAUAUUCAGUUUCCUGUUUUGUUAGUGAGUGCUUUGCAGGCAGUGUUGGAGAGUAACGGAGUACAUGUGCCGGUGUUACGUAUUUAAAAUACAAAAUAUGAGUAACUGUAUUCUGUUACAGUUACCGUUUAAAACGGUAGUAUUCAGAAUGCUUUGCUGAAAUAAAUGGCUUACACAGCGGUA